UCAGCACUCGGAUUUCUGAGGUCAAAUCUGCAGAUGGGAUGGCGGCACAAUUAAGAUUGCAGAUAUCUGAUCCCUAUGCUGCCGAACAAUGCAACACCGUACAACAUCUCAUGUGGGCGUGAAUGACCGUAAAGCUCCUACAAGCCGCUUAUAUAUACCUCAUGGAAGCUCUCACCAUCGCCAUCAUCCGAAGAAGAUCCAGAAGCUCUGCAUCACACUUGGAAGAAACAUGGCUUACUACACCUUUGCCUUCUUCCUCCUGUUCUCCUCCUCCCACCUUUUCGUUCGUCCCACUCGCUCCAACAUCCUCCCGUCUGUUCCCAUCGACCGUUCCACCGCAUGCAACUUGACGCUCGACCCCGACUUCUGCAACACCGUCCUCCCCCAUCGAGGCUUCCACAACCUCUACGACUACGGUCGCUUAUCCCUCGCGAAGUCGCUCUCCACUGCCAAAGAGAUGCUUGACUCGAUCAACACCUUCCUCGCUCACCCCUCGGUCUUGCCGCCGAACGCCAUCUUGGCGCUCCAAGACUGCAGGCUACUGUCGGGCCUUAACGUCGACUUCCUGACGGCGGUCGUAAAUACAUUGAACGACACCAACUGCCUCCUCGACCACCAAGCCCAGAAGGUGCACGCCAUCCUCUCAGCUAUCCUUACCAACCACCAGACCUGCUAUGAUGGCCUGCAAGUGGCGGCGUCCGCGUGGUUCAUCAGGAACCUCGGCACAGUUCCUCUGUCCGUCUGCAGCAAGAUCUAUGGUCUUUCCCUUUCGCUCUUCAAGAACUGGAUCCCAAAACAAACGUGUAGUAGCCACUUCGGGGUUGGUCGGCACGGCGAGCUGCCGCUGAGGAUGUCGGCCCCGAAGAGAGAGUUGUUCGAGAGGUGGAGCGGCCGGCGGCUCCUUCAGACCACCGACUCCGUUCUUGUGCACGACGUGGUGGUUGUUAGCCCAGAUGGCAGUGGGAACUUCACGACGAUCGGAGACGCCGUGAACUCGGCCCCUAAAAAUCUCAAAAGCAGCAAUGGCUACCACUUGAUAUACGUCGCCGCCGGAGUCUACCAGGAGUACGUCGUCAUCCCAAACCAUACGACGUACUUGAUGAUGAUUGGCGAAGGGAUCAACCAGACGGUGAUCACCGGAAACCAUAGCGUUGCUGAUGGCUGGACCACCUUCCACUCUUCCACCUUCGCCGUCAUGGGAGAAGGAUUCGUGGCGAUGAACUUAACCUUCCGAAACACCGCCGGUCCAAUCAAACAUCAAGCGGUCGCGGUCCUCAACGGCGCAGAUCUGUCCACCUUCUACGGCUGCAGCAUCGAAGGCUACCAAGACACGCUGUACACCCUCUCCAAGAGGCAAUUCUAUAGGGACUGCGACAUCUACGGCACCGUGGACUACAUAUUUGGCAACGCGGCGGUGGUGUUCCAGAGCUGCAACGUCUACUCCCGGCUGCCCUUGCACCGGCAGAGCAACGCCAUCACGGCGCAAGGCCGGACCGACCCCAACCAGAACACCGGCACGUCGAUGCAGUUCUGCAGGUUCCUCGCCGCAGGUGACCUGACCUCCAGCGACGGGACGUCGAAGACGUACCUCGGCCGGCCGUGGAAGAAGUACUCGAGGACGGUGAUCAUGGAGUCAUUCAUGGAUUCGUUGAUCGAUCCUGCGGGCUGGCUACCAUGGAACGGCAAAUUCGCGUUGGAUACGUUGUACUAUGCAGAGUACAACAACACCGGCAAGGGUUCCGACACGGACAACCGUGUUACCUGGCCAGGAUACCAUGUCAUUAGCAGCGACGACGCCAUGAAUUUUACUGUCAGAAACUUCAUUCAAGGGGAUAAUUGGCUACCGCAUACUGGGGUAGCUUAUGACAGUGGAUUGUUCUAAUUGACUUAUGGUUGGAAUCGACUCCAAGUAGAACUCUUUCACGGUUCCGUCCAUUUGUUAUAUUUGCUGCUCAAUAAAGAUAUUGAAUGGUUCUUCUCCUGAGAUACUUAUGAAACCAGAUGUAGCUGCAUUCGGUACUACAUAUUAGCAGAAUUGCAU